AUGCCUGCAGAACGCGAAAUUGCGCUCCCGGGCGACCGUCUGUCGCUGAAGGAUGCCGACCCCGAAAUUUACGAGCUCCUCCAGGAGGAGCGCCAGCGUCAGCGAGAUUCCAUCAACUUGAUUGCAUCGGAGAACUACGCCAGUAUUGCAUGUAUGGAGGCCACCGGUUCCGCCUUCACCAACAAGUACGCCGAGGGUUACCCUGGACGUCGCUACUACGGCGGUUGUGAAGUGAUUGACAAGAUGGAAACCCUGUGCAUGGAGCGCGCGCUGAAAGCCUUCCACCUGAACGAGGAGGAGUGGGGAGUGAAUGUACAGCCCCUGUCAGGAAGCCCGGCCAACAUGGAGGUCUACAUGGCCCUUCUUGAGCCCCACGACAAGAUUAUGGGUCUUCGUCUAGCUUCUGGUGGUCACUUGACCCACGGUUUCUACGUCGGAAAGAGAAAGAUCUCUGCAUCGUCGAUGCUGUACUCGUCCUUGCUGUACGACGUGGACAAGGAGACUGGCCUAUUGGACUACGACCAGCUCGAGGCGCUUGCGAAGGCAUACUGCCCCCGUUUGAUCAUUGCGGGUGCUUCCUGCUACACCCGUUACUGGGACUACAAGCGAUGCCGUGAGAUCGCCGACAGCGUUGGCGCCUACCUGAUGGCCGACAUCGCUCACAUUGCGGGCAUCAUUGCCGGUGAGGAGCACCCGUCGCCGUUCGAAUACUGCCACGUCGUAACUUCGACUACCCACAAAACGCUGAAGGGUCCUCGUUCCGGUUUGAUUUUCUACAACAAGAAAUGGGACCCCACCAUUGGCGACAAGAUCAACGCUGCGGUCUUCCCCGCGAUGCAGGGUGGCCCUCACAACAACACCAUUGCCGGUCUGGCCGUUCAGCUGAAAACUGUGAUGUCCCCUGAGUGGAGGGAGUACGUGAAGAAGGUCGUCGAAAACGCACGCGCCUUGGCUGCCGAGUGCGAGAAACGCGGCUUCGGGAUUGUCACUGGCGGUACCGACAACCACACCGUGAUCGUGAACAUUAAGCCCUUCGGCGUGAACGGAAACAAGGUUGAGCAUGUUUGCAACGCCGCGAAUAUCACGCUGAACACGGCCACCGUGCCCGGAGACACGACGAUGUUGAACCCUUCCGGCGUGCGCUUGGGAAGCCCCGCCAUGACAUCUCGUGGCGCCACCCCCGAAGACAUGGCUGUCAUCGCCGAGUUCAUCCUCGAGGCUACACGUAUCGCUCAAUCGCUGCAAGAGGUUCACGGCGCCAAACUUGACGCUUUCAAGGCCGGAGCCGUUGGCGACGCGCGCAUUGCCGAGCUACGCCGCAAGGUCACGGAGUGGAUUCGCAAGUUCCCGAUUGUCGGUUAA